AAGCCUUCGCUGGGAGAAUCCACUUUGAGAUCAGAGAACACCAGCUAGAUUUCUCCUUUGCGAGCUCUUCAAAGAGCUUUUAGAUUAAAGCCGGGCCACAGAGAUGAACCGGACAACAAAGGAAUGAGUUUGUUCUGAGAAAUGAGGCGAAGAGAACCGUCAACAUAGAACCUCCAAUCUGAGAAGAGACUUUCAGAGAGGGCAGGAUGGGAAAUUCAGAGAGUCAGUACAGCAUUCAGGGCCCUAAAGGCACGAGCUUUAUCUUCCCUGGGAAACAGAAGCCAUAUUCACUGAAGCUCCGCUCAGCCAAAGACGAUGCUCUGUCACCCCAUACGUGGUGGAAAAACGCCCCAGUAGGCUCAGGGUACAAGGCCAAGUGUGUCGGCCGUGGCUGUCUGUCCCCUCCUAAAAGCCGGCCGCCUUACUCUGCCCGGCACUGUGACUUUGUCUGCAAGGGACUGAGGGGCAGCCCAAGUGAGCAUCGCUGGCAUCGGUCCCCUGGAUGUGGUAUACGACGGCGGCACAUGUCAGAUGACUACGAGGAAAAUCCGUACGGUGCUGAGCUUAACGGACACAGUGACGACCAUGAUGGCUUAGAGGAACAGAGCAGCCCCAGGGUGGUGAUCAAGAAGGAUGGCAGUCUCAGAGUGGAGUUCACCAACACCUCAGGCAAUCCCCUCUUACUGGACGAAGCUUCUGGCCCCGUCCAGCUCCUCAAGUUCUCUCCCAAUUUGGAGUCCGCCUCCACUCCCAGUUUGCCUGGUUCCAGUGGUAGUAGGCAGGAUGACCACUGCAGUGGCCCACCACCAGCCUCUACCUCCUCCACAGCAAGGACCAGCAAGGGCAGCUCACUAAGCUCUGAUGGCUCCUGGUAUGACUCCCCUUGGGGGCCCAGCACAGAGCUCUGUGAGCAGGACCAACCUGCCAGCAGAACUUUAGUGCACUCUCCUGUCCACCAGCUUGACUCCUUUGCAGAACAGUCCCCUCCUGUGUCCAUCACAGACCUUUACAGGGACUCCACAAUGGCUGCUACUUUCCCCACAGCCAAGGACUUGUCCUCCCAGUUACAGGAGCCUCCACCAGGCCAGAGACAACACCGAGCCUCCUUUGCCGCUGUCUUGGAUGUUCCUUUAGAGGAGGAAAACCUAGAGGCCCGACAGUACUCAUCGUACACCCUACCCUGUCGCAGGCCCAAAGCUCACACCAUUAGUGAGCACCUGAACCAGUACGCUGACCAGGAACCGCAGCAGGAGCAGGCUGGGCUGGACUUCAUCUUCCAUAAGAAGGACUCCAUCAAAAACCGCAUCAGACGCCUCAGUGACUGGACGGGCAGCCUCAGCCGCAAGAAGAGGAAGUCUCAGGAGACCAGGUACAAAGACCUGAGCGAUGCCUUUGACAGUGGGGUUGAUGGACUGACUGCAGACACCAGCUCCCCCUCACAGGUCUCCAGCGUCCUCUGGUUCCCCGGAGCAUCCAGGGCCCAAUCUUCAGGAGCCAUUCACCAAACAACCAGCGACGCCCUCCGCCAGAACAUCUACGAAAACUUCAUGAGGGAACUGGAGACUGGCGCCGGACAGGGAGGAGGAGGAGGAGGAGGAGGCGAGAGAAGAGACCCGUCAACAGGCACUGAGGAGGGUGAGAGCAGCAGCGAGUCGGCCGAGGGCUCCCUGGAGGAGCUGGACCUUCUGUUUGAGAAGGAGCAGGGGGUGGUCCGACGGGCCGGCUGGCUCUCUUUCAAACCCCUUGUCACCCUGCACAAGGACAGGAAGCUGGAACUGGUGACCCGCCGCAAGUGGAAGCAGUACUGGGUGACCCUGAAAGGAUGUACAUUGCUGUUCUAUGAAACUUACGGCAAAGGCUCUCCAGAGCAGGAACUGUCACCUCGCUACGCCCUCCUGGCCGAGGACAGCAUCGUCCAGGCCGUCCCCGAACACCCCAAGAAGGAGAACGUGUUCUGCCUCAGCAACUCGUACGGAGACGUCUACCUCUUCCAGGCCAGCAACCAGACCGACCUGGAGAACUGGGUGACCGCCAUCCACUCAGCCAGUGCCUCGCUGCUGGCCAAGCGCCAGGGGAAGGAGGAUACGGUGCGUCUGCUGCGGAGCCAGGUCCGCGGCCUGCUGCAGAAGAUCGACAUGGACGGGAAGAUGAAGAAGAUGGCCGAGCUGCAGCUGACGGUCGUCGGCGACCCCAAGAACCGCAAGGCUAUUGAGAACCAGAUCCAGCAGUGGGAGCAGAACCUGGAGAGGUUCAACAUGGAUCUGUUCAGGAUGCGCUGCUACCUCGCCAGUCUGCAGGGCGGAGAGCUGCCCAACCCAAAGAGCCUGCUAGCCAUCGCCAGCCGCCCAACCAAAACCACCCUGGGACGCCUGGGGAUUUUCUCCGUCUCCUCCUUCCACGCUUUGAUCUGUUCCAGAGACGAGGCCACGGUCAGGAGGCGGUCGUUGUCCCUGACUUACAGACAGCGCAAGAGAGGCCUGUUCUCCUCGCUGAAGGGCCUCGACAACCUGACGAAGAGAGGCCGCGACAAGAGACCCUCUGCAUCACAGAUCUUUGAGAGCGACGCUGGAGGUCAAACGUACGCCCUGCCUCCCAGGAGCACUGAGAGACUGGACGUGCUGGCCAGCAUCUACUCCAUGUCGCCCCCCGAGGGCGGCGUUUGGGACAGCAUCGGCGUUGCCCCAGACGUGCUGACGUGCGUCUACAUGCCAGACGGCCUGACAGUCCAAGUUCCCGUCAGAAGAGACCAGACAGCCGCUGACCUUCUCUGCGCAGCCUGCAAGGUGAAACAGCUGGACCCGGGCCUGCACUGCCUCCGACUGCACAGGCGAGCGGGGCAGGACGUGGAGGUUCGAUACGUGGCACCUGGCGAGCUCCUCCGCGACGUGGUCAAUGAUCAGCUGGAAGUUGUCCAGGGUAAUGUGUUUGCGCUGCACAUGAGCAGGCCGAGCGGCACCGGAGACUUCGGUUUUGCAAUAACAGGACACAUAGACAGCCUGAAGAACAGCAGGAUUUUUGUCAGUGAGGUGCUUCCUGAUGGACUGGCCUUCAACCAAGGUCUGCGCCCAGGCGACGAGAUCCUGGUGCUGAACGGCCGGUGUGUGUCUGGUCUGGACCUGACGUUGAUCCAAACACUGUUUGCCGAACAAACCCUGCACCUGAGCCUGAGGCGGGACGGCCCCCCGCCGCCAACCGGGGCCUUGGACCACCCGGCCGCUCCGUGCAAACACAACCAGGAGGUUCGCAGCAAGCACCACCGAGCCAAGUCCUCCUCAGAUGUGUGCACUGCAGCUGACUGUGGCGAGGCUCUGUGCGUAGGACUGGAGGAUGGUCACUCCCACUGCGCACACAGGCCUGUUCAGCACAGCAAGAGCGUGGACACCGUGUGCACUCUCUACCAGAACUUCCAGGAGGGGACGGGCUCGGGCGCCGGGGGUUUGAUGGAUGACGCCAGGGAGCCUUCGGCGAGGCAGGGAGGGGAACCCGGUCCUUCAGGAGGGGCCCCCCUGCUCAGACCUUGCCCCAAGCACAUGAGCGCCACGGAGAGGUUACGCAAGGUCAUCCAGGAGCUCGUGGACACGGAGAAGUCGUAUGUGAAGGACCUGACGUGUUUGUUCGAGAUCUACCUGAAGCCGCUGCAGAAUGAAACCUUCCUCACGCUGGAUGAGAUGGAGAGCCUGUUUGGCAGCCUGCCCGAGAUGCUGGACUUCCAGAGGGUCUUCCUGCAGACGCUGGAGGAGAGGAUCGCCUCCUCGCCUGACUUCAGCACCCUGGAGACCCCGUCGCAAUUCAAGAAGCUGCUGUUCUCUCUUGGGGGUUCGUUCCUCUACUACGCUGACCACUUCAAGCUCUACAGCGGCUUCUGCGCCAACCACAUCAAGGUCCAAAAGGUCCUGGAGAGAGCCAAGACCGAUCAGGCCUUCAAAGAAUUCCUGGAUGCGAGGAACCCCACCAAGCAGCACUCCUCCACUCUGGAGUCGUACCUGAUUAAGCCGGUGCAGAGGGUGCUCAAGUACCCCCUGCUGCUGAGGGAGCUGGUCUCUCUUACCGACGCUGACAGCGAGGAGCACUACCACCUCACCGAGGCUCUGAAAGCCAUGGAGAAGGUGGCGAGCCACAUCAAUGAGAUGCAGAAGAUCUACGAGGAUUACGGCUCCGUGUUUGAUCAGCUUGUUGCCGAGCAGACUGGCCACGAUAAAGAGGUCACAGAGAUUUCUAUGGGAGAGUUUCUCAUGCAUUCCUCAGUGGUCUGGCUCAACCCUCAUCCGUCGCUGGGCCGCAUGAGAAAAGACCCCGAAAUGACCGUGUUUGUGUUCAAGAAAGCGGUGAUAUUGGUCUACAGGGAAAACAACAAGCUGAAGAAAAAGAUGACCAACCCUCGCGCUGCUCUUUCUCACGGAGAUUCGGACCCGUUCAAGUUCCGCUGGCUCAUCCCGCUGUCGGCGCUGCAGGUCAGACUGGGAAAUACUGCAGGAGCCGGAACGGAGAGCAGCUGCAUCUGGGAGCUGAUUCACUCCAGGUCUGAAGUGGAAGGGAGGCCGGAGACCGUCUUCCAGCUGUGCAGCAGGUCAGAGAUUAAACCAUCAGGUGGAGUCGGUGCUGCAAAAUUCUGGCAAUUGAUUCAUGGAGUACGAUUUUCUUUUUACCCAGAACAUAUCAAAAUUGGGUUCAGUGGUAAUAAAGGGUUCCUGCUGGUUUUGUAGUUUUGUAGGCCACUAUUUUUUCUUACUUAUAUAAACAGUGUGCUUAUUAGGAUCUGGGAGCAUGAUGACGCCAGACAGGAAGAGGAAUAUAAAUAGUGUUCAGAUAUAUUCACUUAAUCCACCUUUUAUUGCACAGGAAAACUGCACAUGAUGUUAUAGCAAGCACAGUAGGUCAAAGUUGAACCAGAAAGUUAGUCUGUAAACUGUGACAGAUGCUUACAGCGGAGAGUUUGGAUGAUUUGAACCACACCAAUUCCAAAUCGGUUUGGCCAACCUCUGCUUUUAACAGCUGGCCACAGUUUAAAACCACAACGCCUUUUACACAAUUAUUUAUGUGCAAAUUAAAAUAAUGAAUGUGGUACUUACUAAGCAUAAGAGAUUUUUAUUUUUUCUUUACCCGUUCUGAGUCUUAAUGCUAAGCUAGCUCAUCCAUUGAAUGUGUGAUGCUAAUUUCUUUCCACUAUAAAUGCAAAUAUCUCCUAUUCAAGUAGUUUUUUUUAUACAUUGAUUAGUAAUAUUCAAU